GAAGCGUUGUCUGAACAUGUAUCUCGUCCCGCGAAACUGAAGGGAGGGAACCACGAUGGCUGACGUUGCAAGGCGUGAGGCUCCACUGUGCUCCGAGCAGUUCGGUUCCGGGACAGCCCGGGGCUGUCGCGCUGCCGCCGACGGGACCCUGCAGUGGGAGGCCUGGGGGAAGCGCUGGUGGGGGUUCUCCGGGGCUUUCACAGCGAAACCCGGAGAACGAGAUGGGGACGGAGGGGUGGCUCCCGGGACGGCCUCCCCACCUCUCUCCCGGCUCCUGGCCGUGUUCCUGCCGCAGGGCUUCCCCGAUAGCGUCAGCCCGGACUAUCUGCCCUACCAGCUGUGGGAUUCCGUGCAGGCCUUUGCUUCCAGCCUCUCGGGCUCCCUGGCCACCCACGCAGUCUUGCUGGGCAUAGGGGUAGGGAACGCAAAAGCCUCUGUUUCAGCUGCCACGGCCACCUGGCUCGUGAAAGAUUCAACUGGCAUGCUGGGCCGCAUCGUCUUUGCCUGGUGGAUGGGGAGCAAAAUGGACUGUAAUGCCAAGCAGUGGAGGCUUUUUGCCGACAUCCUCAAUGACGUCGCCAUGUUCCUCGAGAUUGUGGCUCCCAUAUUCCCCCUCUGUUUCACCGUGACCGUCUGCAUCAGCAACCUGGCCAAGUGCAUCGUGGGUGUGGCUGGCGGGGCCACCCGGGCCGCACUGACCAUGCAUCAGGCCCGCAGGAACAACAUGGCCGACGUGUCAGCCAAGGAUGGCAGCCAGGAGACUCUAGUAGGCCUGGCAGGGCUCCUGGUCAGCCUCCUGAUGCUCCCGCUGGUGUCAGAUCGCCCUAGCUUAAGCCUCUGCUGUUUCUUCUUCCUCACCGCCCUCCACAUCUAUGCCAACUACCGGGCCGUCCGGGCCCUUGUCAUAGAGACCUUGAAUGAAGGCAGGCUCUGGCUGGUCCUGAAGCACUUCCUGCAGACGCAAGAGGUCCUUGGCCCCACAGCGGCCAAUCGGAUGGAGCCACUGUGGACAGGUUUCUGGCCGUCUCUGUUUCUAUCCCUGGGGGCCCCCCUCCACCGCUUAACCUCCAGUGUCCUUGAGCUGCAGCAGCUGGUUGAGGGGCACAGAGAACCUUACCUCCUUCGCUGGGACCAGCCACGCAACCAGGUCCAGGUGGUCCUGAGCCCGAUGGCAGGCCCGGAGACCAUUCUAAGGGCCGCCACUCAUGGGCUGCUGCUGGGGGCCCUGCGGGGAGAUGGACCCCUCCCAGAAGAGCUGGACAAACUGAGGAACCGAGUCCGGGCAGGUCCUGAGAAAGAGAGCUGGGUCAUUGUCAGGGACAUGCACCACGUGUUGGACAAGCUCUUCCCAAAGUUCUUGAAAGGACUGCAGGACGCGGGCUGGAGGACUGAGAAGCACCAGCUGGAGGUGGAUGAGUGGCGGGCCACAUGGCUCCCAUGUCCAGAAAAGAAGGUCUUGUGAGCAGCCCAGCUGGAGGCCCGGGUCCCAGGACAGGAGCCUGGAGCAAGGACACUUGGGCCACAGCAGCACAUGGGAAAGGCAGCUUUAUUUUUGCUUAGAGGCGCUGCUGUGGCCGGUUGGCGGAGGCCUCACAGGAAGUGAGCACCAGUCACAUGGACUGGGCUCCAGGCAGAAAGAAGCUAAAGAAGGGGUACCAGGGCCUUCCCCCCAGCUCCCCUUCCCCAGGCCCUUCUCACCAUGGCAGGCUCCCCACCCCUCCUCCCCGCAGGGCUGUGGCUCUCGGUGUCCCACCCAGUGGGCCUCAGGCAUAAAAGCCCCAGAGGAACGUGGCCACGGCCAUCAUGAGCAGGGCAUUGAGGUUGACGACGCGGGCCCAGCUCGCGUCCUCACUGAUAUCGUCCAGCCGCCUGGCCCCUGCAGCCAUCUCCUCCCGGGUAGGGGCUGGGGGGCUGCCCGCCCCAGUCCUGCUCAUGCCACAGAACCAGAGCAGACACUGGCGGAACAGUCCUGGUGUUGGGGAUGGGGGCUCUGGGGGGAAUCGAGGCUCUGCAGUUAGUCUGGGGAAACUCGACUCCCCCAGCUCCCUCACCCCAACUCCUGGCCCAUGCCUUACCCUCCAUCUCCAGCGCGUGCUCAGGGCACCCGUUCUGCACAGGAGCUGCAGUGGGAGCUUCUAGCUCAUCUGCAUCCAGGUCUUCCCGCUCUUCCUUGCUGUGCCGGAGACUGAAAACCAGGCGGUGGAGCUGGGGAAGGGCGGGAACAGGGACCAAAUGCGAGUGCUGUUCCCCCGCCACCUCGGCCCCCACCUGGAGGUCCCUGGUCCACUCCCUGACCUCCCUCUGUCUAGCCUGCGCCCCAGCCCAGGCUCACUCCAAGCCCACUCUCCAUGGCUGCCCUUUGCCCGCAGGCUAAACCCAAGCUCCUCAGCUGGGCGUUGAAAGUUCUGGACCUUGCCCAGCACUCUGCUCCAUCACCCCGUGUCCCCCAUCUACACUCAACAGUUAUAGUAUUUUUAGACUCUAGUCUUACAGUCCUGCUGACUCAGCGUUCCUUCUCGUGGGUAUGUGCUUUCUCCUGCCGCCUUUCCCCCCUUCUCCACCUCUGGGGUCCUGCCCAUCCUUCCUGGCCCGGCUCUUUGGUUGUGCCCCCCAGUCAGCUCCGCCGUGGGGUGCGUGCCUUGCCGCAGCACAAGACCAGACCCUUUUGUGGGCUUUCAAGAUGGUACUCUGUCCCUCUCAGCCCCCAAUCAGAUCCUGUGUUUUAAGUCUCAAAGGUUACACCAAGACUCUGGGGGGACUUUAACCUCCCCCACAAUCUUCUUCAAGCUACUUCCAAAUCACCUCAAAUAAACAUCAUUUAAAUAAAAACC